GUUGCAUUCUAGGUACACUAUAUAUUAAGUGUUAAGCACAAGCUUAAUUUGGGACAUUGGAUCAUAAGGAUAAACGGCUGAGAUUAGAGCUUGAGAAUGCAGACGGUCGUCAUUACAUGAUGGCGUUUUGGUCAUUAAAGGGUAUAUGCGUCCCAUUGGAAUUAAAUAGCAGUUACUGAUUUAGGAAAUUAUAUGAUAUGCAGACAUCAUGGAGAGAAAUUUUGUCUGCACUAAUUCAGUUCCCAAGAUUAUCAAAAUUUUCGCACCCAUAUCAUUACUCCUUUUGAAUAUGUGUAGAAUUAGAUAUAAAUCUUUUCAAUUCUAAUCAACAUUACUUCAAAUCUCACUCAUUCCUUCUUCUCUUUAUCUUCACUCUUUUUUCUGUCACUCUGAUACCUAUCACCAAGUAAUGACUCCAACACAAAGCAAGGGCGGUGUGGCUGACUCGACUGACGCACGCCGACGUAGAGGGGAUGAAGAACCGAAAGCUGUUUCUCCGAACUCUUUAGCGGGAAAAGGAGGUGGUGCUCCCGGUGCUACCAAGAAAUCUGAUGUAAUACCAAACUUUUCUUCUAGAAACACUGUUGCUACUCAAAAUAAUGGAAAAUCGUCGGCAAAAACAUGGAAUGGUGGUGAAGCUAAAGGAAAAGAACAGGCGAAGGCUACAUGGAGAUCUUCGUCAAAACUUGUCCUUGGUGGGAAAGGCAAAGGAAAAGAGAAAGUGGAUGACGAUUACAAAGCUCCUGCAGCAUCAGAUGUAGGUGGUGAAUCCAAAGGAAAAGAGAAAGUAGCUGAUUUGGGUCAAGCAACUGAAUCAACAGAAAACAAGCGCAAGAGGACUUUGAAUGGUGUAGAUUCACCGCGAAGCCUCGUAAAGGAAAAACUGGCAAGGAAAAUAAUCAUCAAAGCAGUGAAUUGGGGUCAAGAUUCCACAAGAAAUGGGCCUACUGAGCAAGCACCUAGAGGGCAACCAUCAGUUGUGCCGGCUGUUCCUAAUCCUACUGAUGAGGUUGAAGUAGUGAACAGAAUGAAGCUAAGACGAUCUCCAAAAUUCCUAGUAGAGAUGAUGGAGUUGUUGAACGAGAACCAGCUACAGGCUGUUCGAGACAUGGGAUUUGGACAUCUAAUACACUUUAACAUCACUUCGAUACCGUCGCAACUAGCUUACUGGCUUCUAUACAACUUUGACCCCAUAACCUGCAGUGUGAAGGUGAGAGGUCAAAGAGUCCACUUAACUGAGGAGGACGUCCACAUGACGAUGGGGUUCCCAAGGGGAGAAAUAAUGAUUGUGAGGUCGACUAGGCAGGAUAAUCAAAUGAUGUUAGAUGAGAUUGCAAGUGUCGGAUAUAGGAAUAGAUACAAUAUGUUGCCUAAGUUUCUGCAGACUCAAAUGCUUAAAGAUGAGGAUGGUGGGUUAUGGUUUAGGAGGCUAUUCCUAAUUCUGACGGAGACGCAUUUGAUAGAACCUUCAGCUGAUGGUUACUGCAAGACUAAGCUUCUUGGUGUGUUAGCCGAUGUCACACAUGUGAGAAACUAUAAUUGGUGUGCAUACGUCCUUGAUGUACUUGUUAUGGCCCAACGAAAUUGGAUGGACAACCCAGACACACCAUUCACUGGACCAAUUGUCUUUCUGAUGUCCUACUACGUCGAUCGCUUCAUUAUUGAAACACGAAAGGUUCGGCGUGCAUUCCCAUCCAUAAAAGGUUGGAAUUCCAAGCUGCUAAGGUUGAGGGAGAAACAUGAGCUGGAAUUGGGUGGAUUUGGCUAUGGGGUCUAUGAAGCUAAGUAUGAUCCAAGCAGAGAUAAUGAGGUUGGAUUGACGGUGGCGAAGAAAAAGAAAAAGAGGGCUAUUGUUGUUGAGAGAGGAGAAUCAGCUAAACCUAAAGGUGUUACUGAAAAGGGAGGGACAUCGAACACCAAGGCAGAUGAUGCUGUUGAUCAUGCUACUGAUGCGAUGAUGGCCUUGAUGGAAGCUGCAUCGAACGCCGCAAAGGCUAUAUCAAAGCUGCUUAGGAAGAUGAGGGAGGCACCUGACGAUGUCAAGGGCACUGGAUGCUUCAAAAUAGCUUCAACUGCUGCACUAAAGAUGAUUGGUUUCAAAGAAUCUGAACUCAUCAAUGAACAUGCAGAUCCAAUCGCAUCGAUGACACCGACAAUGGAAGAUGAAGACAUUCAAAAUCCAGCAUGGAUUGAGGCUGUUGAGCAGAUGAUGAAGGUGGUUGAUGAGCGCGUUGCUCUGUGCAAAGAUGAUGACAUCCCUACAUUCGACUUGGGGCUUCGCUUCGCUUCGCAGGAUGAUGCAAACCAGACGAUCAAUUCAAUUGUCGAGGAACAAGUACCUGGCAUGGAGCACACUUUACACACGGGGGGUGUUAUAAUAUCUAGUGCAGUUCAAGAUGUUUUACCAAAUGAAGAGAAGGAUGACAGUGAGGAAGACAAUACGCAAUUGGCGCUCAACGUGGUUCAUAAUUUAAUUGACGAUUUUGAUUUUGCGACGCCAUAUGUAAGCCCGCCUGGGAAACGUGAGUUCACCACUAGUGGACUGCGAGACAGUAAAAAAUCAGUGGGGCCAUCUAGCCACAAUGAAGCUAUUGCCAUCCAACAUAAACAGGAAUUGUUAGUGAAUGGUAGGAUGGAAAUGCGUUCCAAAGCUGAAAAGAAGAUAUCUCAUGCAUUGAGAUCACCAUACAACCAAAGAGCUAUUAAAUUGGGAAACACUUUAACUCCUACUGAAAGGGAAACAUACUAUUGGAUUCUGAAGUGUCAUGAUGUCUACGAUGAUGUGCUUGUAUACGAUGAUGAUGUGGUUGUUGUGACAAAGCUAGAGUUCUAUUCUUUACUGCCACAUACGUAUGUGUCUUCGGGUGUGAUUAGUGCAUGGUGCUCAUAUCUAAACAACAUGGAAGAAUACAGGGGGCCAUCGUCACCAAAAAGGCUAUUCUUCACCUUAUACCCUUGUGCUAGCACAAUUGUGUCACGCACUAAUCCAUGGGAUGAGGGUGUGGCCACUCAGCUUGCGACGUUUGCGGCGAAUUUAGAUCACGAGGUGAAGCUAAUCCCAAAUUUCAAGUGGGCGGACAUAGAUAUGGUAUUCUUCCCAAUUUGUGCACAUGAACACUACUAUGCGGUGUGCUUCUACUAUGCUUCAAAAAGGGUUAUUGUAAUUGACAACUCAAGUAGCGGAGACUCUGACAACAUCACAGUGAAUUACGGUGUGAUACCGGAAACCUUGAGAACCUUUUUCUGGAAAUAUCUUGGAGGAGUUGGCUGCGUUCAGCAAUCAAAAGCAGUUGAAAAUUCUGCCAUUGAAAGGCUGAAACUGAAAUGGAGUACAAAAACUAACAAGGACGACAGUGGUGUGUAUUUGAUGAGACACCUUGAAACUUACAUGGGUCAGAAAGGGUGUGAAUGGACUUGUGGCCUAUCAAAGAAGAGCAAAGGGGUGUUGCAGAUAUUGAGAGCCAAGUACUGUACUGCACUGAUGCUGGCAGAAAUAAAUCACGAACACUUCAAGAAUAAAGCCAAGGUAAUACCAUAUUAUGCAAAUGCACUACAGACCGAGAAGAUAGACGUGGAAAAGUUGAUAGCCAACUAUGCAAAAGAAGGAACGAAUCUAUUUAACUAA